ACAACUGCGGCGGGGCGGUAGUGAACAGCAAUGCGCCGGCCGGCGCUAGGCGGCGCUCUCUCCCCACCCUGGCUCAGCGUGUGUGUGUGUGAGUGCGCGAAAGACGCUCACUCUGCGUGUCCGUCUGUCUCUCUUCCCCCACAUCGAAGAUGGCGGUGUCCGUGUUUCCCGGCGUGCGGCUCCUCUCCAUCGGCGACGCGAACGGAGAGAUCCAGCGGCACUCGGAGCAGCAGCCGCUGAAGCUCGAGGUGAAAACCACGCAGGACGCGGCCCUGCUCACCCUCUCCAACACAGAGGAGACCUGCGUGUUCAAGUGCUCGGUGUCCCGGGAGACGGAGUGCAGCCGCGUGGGGAAGCAGUCUUUCAUCGUGACGCUGGGCUGUAACAGCGUGCUGCUGCAGUUCUCCUCCCCCACAGAGUUCUGUUCCUUUUAUAACAUCCUGAAGAACUGCCGUGGUCACAAUGUAGAGCGCUCCGUCUUCAGCGAGAGGACGGAGGAAUCAUCUGCUGUGCAGUACUUUCAGUUCUAUGGCUACCUCUCCCAGCAGCAGAACAUGAUGCAGGACUACGUGCGGACCGGGACAUACCAGCGAGCCAUCCUGCAGAACCACACGGACUUCAAGGACAAGGUGGUCCUGGACGUGGGCUGCGGUUCCGGGAUCCUGUCGUUCUUCGCCGCGCAGGCGGGGGCCAGGAAGAUCUACGCGGUGGAGGCCAGCACCAUGGCACAGCACGCUGAGGUCCUGGUGAACAGUAACGGGCUGUCGGACAGGGUGGUGGUGAUCCCUGGGAAGGUGGAGGAGGUCUCUCUGCCUGAGCAGGUGGACAUCAUCGUGUCGGAGCCGAUGGGGUACAUGCUGUUCAACGAGCGCAUGCUGGAGAGCUACCUGCACGCCAAGAAGUUCCUCAAGCCCAGCGGUAACCUGUUCCCCACGAUCGGCGACGUGCACCUCGCCCCCUUCACCGACGAGCAGCUGUACAUGGAGCAGUUCACCAAGGCCAACUUCUGGUACCAGCCCUCCUUCCACGGAGUGGACCUGUCAGCGCUCCGGGGCGCGGCCGUGGACGAGUAUUUCCGCCAGCCCAUCGUGGACACCUUUGAUAUCCGAAUCCUGAUGGCCAAAUCCGUGAAAUACACAGUAAACUUCCUGGAUGCGAAAGAAGAUGACCUACACAGGAUAGAGAUCCCGUUCAAAUUCCACAUGAUGCACUCGGGGCUGGUCCACGGGCUGGCCUUCUGGUUCGACGUGGCGUUCAUCGGCUCAAUGAUGACAGUAUGGCUGUCCACAGCGCCCACGGAACCGCUGACCCACUGGUACCAGGUCCGCUGUCUCCUACAGUCGCCUCUCUUCGCCAAGGCGGGUGACACGCUGUCUGGCACCGCCCUACUCAUCGCCAACAAGAGACAGAGUUACGACAUCAGCAUCGUUGCACAGGUCGACCAGACGGGCUCCAAAUCCAGCAACCUCCUGGACCUCAAGAACCCCUUUUUCAGGUACACGGGAGCGAACCCAACUCCUCCCCCUGGCUCUCAUUACUCCUCCCCCUCUGAGAACAUGUGGAAUACUGGGGGUGCAUACAGCAUGAGCCAGGGCAUGGCUGUGUCAGGUACCCCUGCUGCAUGUCAGUGUGUGUGUGUUAUGAGUGCUGCUCGUCAGUGUGUUGGCUCUGUACCGCUCGUAAUGUGUCUCCCUUCGUCUCCAGCGAACACAGGGAUCGUGAACCACACUCACUCUCGGAUGGGAUCCAUCAUGAGCACGGGCAUCGUCCAGGGAGUGUCAGCGGUCCAGCCUGGUGCCAGCAGCAGCAGCGCUCACUACUCCCUUAACAGCCAGUUCACCAUGGGGGGGCCGGCCAUCUCCAUGGCGUCACCCAUGGCAAUCCCUAGCAACACCAUGCACUACGGCAGCUAAGCCCCGCCCAUUUCGACCCCUGCCCCGCCCCCUCUGAACUGACAACCCAAAGGAAACCAAAACCACGGUCUGCUGCUUCCUCGCGCCUCCUCCACUCCCUCACCUGCUGGGCUGGUCCCCCCUUCCCCCGUCAGACUCCUGCCUCUCGCCCCAGGGGUGCAGCUGCUCCGCCCGAGGGGGGCCUUCCUGUUGACUCGCCCACCCUGCUGUCGCUGCCAGGGAGGCGGGUCCCGUCGAACGUGCAGCCAAUGACAUGAACGCAGCAGCCCGUCAGGGAGUGACAGACCGGUGGGUCAGCCAAUCGGCUUACUCCCACUGAUGAAUUGUUUUGCCACCCCCUCCCCCAUCCCCUUCUUCUUUGUGUCUCCUGUUUCACCCCUUGCCCCUCUGAACUGAACCAGGUUCCCCAGUGGGGUCCCUCUUACACCGAGCAGCAGCUUUGCUUCCUCUUCUGUCCACAAGAGGGCAGCAGUUCCCCUCCCUGCCUGCUCCCCGGCCUCAGGACUGGGCUGGCUGUGGUUCUCUCGUUCCUCCAGUUGUAGAUGUGCAGACACGCUGGAAAGCUGGACUAGACCCGUCUGUCUGUUCGUCUCGGUGCCCGACUGGACCCCCGGCCCCCCGCCUCCUGGUUUCCGGUGGGUUUGGAUUGUUCCCGUCGCUAUUCGGGCUCCAUCCGUCUCUCCUGGCUGCGCCUCCAGGCCGUUUUGAGGCCGUGUCCUCGGUGCCGCUGUGUGCAGUCCGCGGGCCCGCUCCGACCGGGGUUACGGACCAGAACCCGGAGCCGUCUGGCGCCCGAGAGAGCCCUCGUCCCGCCCUCGUCCCGCCCCGUGUCCGUCUACAGCCUCCCGUGGCCACAGCUCUCGGGCUCGUCCUGAUUUGGUACCCCCCUGCCCGCAUCCAGCACGAGCGCCCGGCUCUGGUGUCAUCGCGGCCGACCGCCGGGCCGGGCCUGACUGGGCCGGACAGCUGAAGAGGGCGCGAUUGGGGGCGGUUCUCUCUCCUGGGGGGCGCGGAACGAGGAAGACGGGCCACCUGGAAUUCUGCAGCUGGACAAGAGAACAGCAGCGUGACUCUGUUUACAGCCCCCCGUCCCGUCCUCACAACUCCCCCCCACCCUGGCGCCUCCUGUCCGGCCGCUGACCGCUGACCGCGGCCUGAGACACUGAGACGGGGGGCCAGGGGCCAGGCCGUCCUCCGCAGAAGAGCUCCGAUUUCCUUUCUGAAUUUUGGAUUUAGUAACUUUUAAAAGAAAGAAGAAGAAAUUGUGUCUGCUAGUUUGUAGAGUUAAUGUUUUUUUUUUUUGUUUUUCUUUCACAUAAAAAAAACAAAACCAUAAAAAAAGGAGACAGUGGAGUGAAAUAAACGUUGGCGAGUUCCUGUA